AUGGAGAAUCUGCCGCCGGGCUACCGGUUCUACCCGACAGAGGAAGAGCUCAUAUCGUUCUAUCUAAGCAACAAGCUGCAAGGAACCCGACAAGACCUGGACCGGGUCAUUCCGGAGCUCUAUAUAUACGAGUUCAGUCCAUCUGAUCUCCCAGAGUUUGCCGGAGAACCGAGUCGCAUGGACACAGAACAGUGGUUUUUCUUUAUACCAAGACAAGAGAGAGAAGUUCGAGGAGGAAGACCGAACCGGCUUACCACUUCAGGGUACUGGAAGGCCACGGGCUCUCCCGGUUAUGUUUACUCUUCCCAGAACCGAAUCAUUGGAAUGAAGAGGACGAUGGUCUUCUAUCAAGGAAGAGCUCCCACCGGAAGAAAAACCGAAUGGAAAAUGAAUGAAUACAGGGCCAUAGAAGGAGAGGCUUCCUCGUCGAGUGGUGCUGUUCCAAAGGUAUGA